AUUGGAUCUGAUAAAAUGCAAUCCUUCCGUUGACACAAACAGAUAUCCCAAUGUCUGCAAAAUAGACAUGGCAUUUGCUUCUUAUUUCCUUCUCUUUCAUACACUCAUCAUCCCCUUCAUCUAUCCCUCUAUAGCCUCCACCUUCCACCCCAAUGCACUUGUUCUUCCUGUCACAAGAGACCCGGCCACAAACCAAUAUGUUACAUUGCUUCACCAGAGAACUCCUCUUGUUCCUGUCAAACUAACCUUAGAUUUAAGUGGUCAAUUCCUCUGGGUAGAUUGUGAAGAGGGUUAUGUCUCAUCCACCUACCACCCUGCACACUGCCACACUCCCCAAUGCUCCAUCACAAGAUCCAAAUCAUGUGUUGACUGCUAUCUAUCCAAGCCAGGAUGCAACAUCAACACAUGUAACCUUUUCCCAAACAACAUUUUCACUCACACCAAUCAAAUUGGUGAGGUUGCACUAGAUGUUGUUGCUGUUCAUUCAACUGAUGGAUCCAAUCCUGGUAAGAUGGUGAUUGUGCCUAACUUUCUCUUCACAUGUGGUCGCACAAAUCUCUUGAAAGGUCUUGCUAGUGGAGUCAAAGGCAUGGCAGGUCUUGGAAGGAACAAUGAAAUUUCAGUCCCUUCAAUAUUCUCCUCUGCUUUCAAUUUCUCCAAAAAGUUUGCAAUUUGCUUGAGUUCUUCAACUAAAUCCAGUGGUGUGUUAUUUUUUGGUGAUGGCCCAUAUGUUUUUCUUCCUGGGGUUGAUGUUUCCAAAUCUCUCAUCUACACUCCACUGAUUACAAACCCUGAUAACUCAGCAGGGCCUAUUUUUCAUGGAAGACCAGCUGCAGAAUACUUCAUUGGAGUGAAAGGUAUUAGAAUCAAUGAGAAAUUGAUCCAAUUAAACACAUCCUUGUUGUCCAUUGGUGAUGAGGGAGAGGGUGGAACAAAAAUUAGCACUGUGAAUCCUUACACAACCAUGGAAACAUCUAUCUACCAUGCUUUUGUUAAUGCAUUUGCCAACGAACUUGAAGACGUUCCUCAAGAGAAGCCGAUAGCGCCUUUCAAGCUAUGUUUCAACUCCAAGAACUUGGAAGUGCCAGCAAUUGACUUUGUGUUGCAGGGGAAGGGUGUCUUUUGGAGGAUCUUGGGGGGAAACUCUAUGGUCCAAGUGAGCAGAGAGGUUUCUUGUCUUGCAUUUGUGGAUGGAGGUAUUGAUGCAACCACUUCCAUUGUUAUUGGGGGAUAUCAGCUAGAAGACAAUCUCUUGCAAUUUGAUUUGGUUAAUUCAAGGCUUGGGUUUAGCUCCUCCCUUUUGUUGACACAAACUACAUGUGCAAACUUCAACUUCACAUCUAGCGCAUAAUCAAACCAGGCGUUUUUAUCUUUCUUUCUUUCUCAUUAUUUUUGUGUUGUGAAAAAUUGUUUCCUUCUAAUUGCCAAUUAAUAAUAUGGGAGUUAUUGAGUUAAAAAAAAGGGAGUUAUUAUUUAUUCGGAGUUCAAGAGUUUCAUUAUGAAAUAAAGUAAUAAACAAUGUGCAAUUGAGUGUAUUCCUUAUUCAUGAUGUAAAUUUAAAUAAAAUGAAUAUGUAUACGUGUUCAAAAGGUGAUAAUUGAUAACUUAUGUUGUUCCUUUAUUCAUGAUAGUAUGCAUUUUAGCUAAGUGUGUUUUUGCCAACAUGUCGGACACGAUGUUGUAACAUCUUGACUAUGACAUGUGUCCCUGCAGAUCUGAUAUGAGCUGGCUAAGUUAUCUGUGAAGCUGUGCUUUGAUUACAUGGUAUUCAAGCUAGGGUUUUGUUGGAAGCUUCUGUGCGCUGUUUAAGGAAUAUAUCAAGUGUAAUCAAAUCGAUUUCAAGGGAUUUGAUUUGAGAUAUUAUGUGGAGGUUUUUAUCUGCUACUGAAAACGUAUCUUUGAAGAUUUUAUGUAGAUCUGUUUCAUUAACAACUUCCUGAUUUUAGUGUGGACUCUUUGCUUGUCCAAGCCCAUUGAAGACAAGGCCUGGAUGACUGCUACUUAAGAAGACCUAAACCUAGUUACUAGCGAGUGACUUCAUGUUGAGUAAAUUAGGGUUUACUCUCGUAAUUUCACACUUGUAUUGUUCUCUUAGCAGCUUUAUGUUAUUCUUCUGAGCUGAGAGUUGUUUUGUGA